CUCACGGUAGUUAAAAUAGAUCGUUUUAAUGUUCUCAACCCAGGUAUUUCAUUUAGACGGCGGUUCGGUGUUAAAGGAUUGACAUUAAGUAUUUUUGCGGUUUUUAUGUGCAGAACUUCUGUAACUAUAGAUAUCAAGGAUUGUAGAUUAUAAUACUAAUUAACUUACUCGAUUACAAUACUGUGAACAUUAAGGUAAAUCUAUUCAGUAGUUGGUUUACCUUUGAAUGGAAAGGAUAGGGAAAUUUCAUAGAGGACUUAAAUAAAUCUUACGCCACAGACACGUUGUGAAAUCUUAACUUGAUUAAACCAGUGUUGGAGAUAGACAUGAACUGACGUAAAGAAAACUAAGUUUUCACAUAGGACUUACUACUGAAUAUAUAUUAAAGUAAAAUAGACUUUGAAAAAAAAAAAGUGAAUUUAAAGAAAAAAAUGGGUCAAACUGCCGGUGAAUCGGAGAUUAAAGCGAAGCUUGUGGUAGUUGGAGAUUGUGGAUGUGGGAAAACCACAUUGAUAAAAAGAUACACCAACAAUACAUAUACAGAUACAUAUACAGCAACGGGUUUUGAUACCUAUCACAGUACAUACCAAGUUUCAUCAACAUAUAAAAUACAGAUGUCAAUAUGGGACACUUCAGGUGACUCCGGCUAUAGCAGAGUGAGACCUUUAUCGUACACAGAUGCUGACCUGGUCUUAGUGUGCUUCUCUAUAGGAAACCCCGAGUCUCUUCACAACAUUGCAACAAAGUGGCUACCAGAAAUACGAGAACAUUGUCCAACACAACCAGUCAUUGUUGUGGGAUGUGGGACGGACAUGCGCACUGACGAGGCGGUGCUAGCAAAACUUGCCAGAGAGAAGCAAACUCCAGUUACAUACGAACAGGGUCUGAAAGUUGCAAAGGACAUCGAAGCAUUAGUUUAUUCAGAGACAUCUGCAAAAACUUCUGAAAAAAGUGUGAAAGACGUUAUAGAGGUCGCUGCAUUGUCAUCAGUGGGAACAAAACAUAACGAAUCACAGUUUAAAAGACAAAAAUCUUUUAUCAAAAGAAAGAGGUUCAGCGGAAUGGGCGAGGCGAAGAGCACUCUUAGAAAAGAAGCGACGAAAAGUUGUGCAAUCAUGUGAACUGUUUCCACAGACUUAUAAUAUUUCUAAUUAUUUAGGCAUCUGUUGAUGCAAAUAAAGCGAUUAAAAUUGAGCAGGAUCGCGUUGUAUUGGAACUAGGCGUUUCGUGGAUAGGAGAUAGCGGACAGUGGUGCAGACAAAGUACUGAGACAGUAUUCGAGACUGGUGGUGUUAAAAUGUUUGUAUAAACGAGUUAUUUAAUGGUAUAAAUGUGUGCAUGUAUGUGUGAAAUUGAAACAGACAUACCUGGGUAUUAAAACUACACCAGGCAUGAAAUUGCAUAGAAGUCGUAAUAGGAUUAAUUUAGAAACUGUGUAAUAAGACAGGAAAACGGGUUAAAUAGCCGCCUGUUACGUACAGGUAAUAGUUUAAUGACCGUACCAAUAUGAACUAAUUAUAUUUAACGACGUGGACAUGAUAACCAGUAGUUUGUGUUAUCGACCGGUCUAUAGUUCAACACUAAAUUUUGUUGGACUAAAGUCAAAACAUGAAGAAAAAAAUAAUUUCUGAUGUCACAUGAUAAACACUUACUGAAUGACUUGCUGGACGUCGGAUAAUAGGUUUGACUAAUGACCUGUCUCCAGCAAACCAUUCAGCAAGUUUAUACAAUGUACUAGAACCAGUCUUUGAUUAACAACUAUAUUUUCUUUUCGCAGUCAACCAGUUUACUAGAAGCUGAUCUUUUCAUUUUUCAGAAUUUCUGUAGAAGCUACAGUAGCUAUUGUGUAAACUAGUUUGUAACAAUAUUCACCGACUCUUUUAAAGGUUUUUCCUUGACUAUAUAUUAUAUUGGAUUGACAAAGGAACAUUGUGUUUCCAGAAGCCAGUAGUUCACACAGUAUAUUUGUGUUUUAGCGAUUUCUGAUUCAAAUAAGCAAUCUUUGAUGUUGUGGUAAUUUUGACAAUUUGAUUCGGAUUAUCCAACAUGCAUUAGAUUAUCCAUGUUAAACAUAUCUAACAUAAAAAGGCGGAAUAGGCUUCAUUCAGACAUAGAUGAACACUAUUUCAUGAUUAGAUAAAUAUUGUGAAUUUUUUUUUAUAUUUCAAUCAGUAUACCGUCUUUGAGACGCCCACAUCUAUGAUAAGCCCCCCUACUGUGGUAGACUCAAAUCAAGAAUGAAAUGCAUGUUGAAUGUUUGAAUGAAAUUUGCCUGCCCGUAAUUUACUUUAUGCUUCAUUGUAUAAUUUUGCAAUUAUGUAAAUGUUUGCAUAUUGGUGAAAUUCAAACACCACAAUGUCAUAUAGAACAGAACAGGUGACGAUUGUGGAAAAGACCCACGCUAAGCAAAAUUAUCAAAGGCAAGGUUUCAUCCGAUAAACUUUUUCAUGCUAUUAGAAUUAUGUCGCUAAUAAGUUAUAAAAGGGGAUUUUUUUUAGUUGAUAUUUCAAAUUCAUAUAUUAACGAUUUUUUUUGUCCAUGCAAGACACGGUAUCCCCUUUUUUGUUUAAUUGUGUAAAAGGAUUUCGUUAACUGUAGAUAUAGCCCUUAGGUAGAUACUAUAUCAAAAGUCUGCGAAUCGCAUGUAUAAUUAGUUAGAAAAUGGACAACGGUGCUGAGGUGAAGAGCGCUAUUCAAGUAUUUUUGUGCAAUAAAUAAACUCUUGCUGUUUUUUUCAUGUAUUAUUUAUGCCAUGAACUCAUUUUGUAAAUACAUACACACUAUUUUAAUGCCUUAAAGUAUUAUAUAGUUAUUUGAUGGGCCAUAUAAUUGCUUUUUUUUAAAUUGAGAAAUACAUUUUCAUGUAAUCGCCACAAGUCAUGAUUUGUAAUAGGUGUAAUUAUUUCUAAAUCAAAUGUUUAAAAAUAUUUGCUACACAUGGGUAUUUGUUCAUUUCAAAUAUAUUUUAGAAUCAUUUCCAAAUAAUCGAUACCCACAUUUGAAUAAAUGUAGAAUUGUAUUUGCAAGAUAAAAGUAAAAUGUUUUCGAUUCUUUUCACAAUUGUUUGAACAAACUAUAUACAUUCCUGUAUUUUGAAAUAAUAUAUAUGAACUUUGAAUCACCUCGUGCACACUCAACGCACUUUUACGUUUUCAACGUUCCCAUGUCAUUGUUCAUCUUAAAUGAAUAUCACAAAAUUAUUGCGCUAGUGCCUGAAAUUAAACAGACUAGUAAUAAUUUUAAUUUGUAUAACUUGCAACACGUUACGUUAUAUGUGUACUCUUAUGAUGUACAUGUAUUUUGUAAGGCUUCUUGAAUUAGCUAGACACGUAUAUAUACCAGGUUGUUGAUAUUUAAUGAAUUUUGUUUUUGUGUGUUUUAUUGCUUAGUUAUGUGUUCUUUGAAAAUAAUAAAAAUGUCAAUAAAAAUAUAAAAAAUACGAAGAAAACUGUGAUAAAAAUAAAAGAAGAAACUAUAA